AUGUGUCGGCUGUAUGCCAAAGAGAUUCCAUAUAGAAGCUGCAGAAACAAGAAUGGGGAGGGGACGGAGAAGGUGGUGAGACAAGUCCAAAUCCACUAUAACUGCCUGUAUGGCUUGCUGCAGGAACAGGAGGAGGAGCUGCUGCAGAGACAGGAGGAGGAGCUGUUCAACAAGAUCUGUGGUGUGAGCGACCAAGAGUUGAUAACAACAUUCAAGUUUAACUUCAGGGCUGAUUUGUACAAGGGUGACAUGACUGAACAAUACAAACUUAGUCCCAACACAGCUGGGCUGAAAUAUACAGAAGCUGCAGAAGCAAGAACGUGGAGGAGACGGAGAGGGUGGUUAGACAAGUCCAAGUCCACUAUAACUACCUGCACGGCUUGCUGCAUGGACAGGAGGAGGAGCUGCUGCAUCGACAGGAGGAGGAGCUGCUGCUACGACAGGAGGAGGAGCUGCUGCAUCGACAGGAGGAGGAGCUGCUGCAAAGACAGGAGGAGGAGCUGCUGCAUGGACAGGAGGAGGAGCUGCUGCAUCGACAGGAGGAGGAGCUGCUGCAUCGACAGGAAGAGGAGCUGCAUCGACAGGAAGAGGAGCUGCUGCAGAGACAGGAGGAGGAGCUUCUACAGAGACUGGAGGAGGAGCUGCUGCAGAGACAGGAGGAGGAGCUGCUGCAGAGACAGGAGGAGGAGCUGCUCUACAAGAUCGGUGGUGUGAGCGACCAAGAGUUGGACAACAACGUUCAGUUCUUCAAUGCACAAGGCUUCAGACUCUUCCCUCUGAAGACGUGCUGCUUGGCCACAUUUUUAGUCCAGCCGGGACUUUGAGGGAUCCUAGAUGAACCUUGUGUGAACCAUGCGGAACAGAGAAUAACUUUAGUUCUUCAAUGCACAAGGCUUCAGACUCUUCCCUCUGAAGACGUGCUGCUUGGCCACAUUUUUAGUCCAGCCGGGACUUUGAGGGAUCCUAGAUGAACCUUGUGUGAACCAUUCGGAACAGAGAAUAACUUUAGUGUUCCAGACAUGCAUGAAGACUCUGAGACUGUGGUUGAUAUUUGAGACGAGGCAACAGAAGCAGUGUGUGUCGCAGUGUCAUGAGAGGGCCACAUAGUCAGGGAUUGAGGAGCUCAACAGCAGAUAGGAGCCGCUCACCACAAACAAACACCAACAACCUAACAAUGUACAUGUUCUCUUUGGAUUUGAGAAAGCAAAGUGGCAAAUAUUGCUCUUAAAUUGUAUAUAUUUUUUACUUUCUAAGCUUAUAGUAUGUAUUUUUAUGUAGUCAUGUAGUUAGUAUUAAGCCUAGUGUAGUUUAUGUAUAUAUGUUUUGACUUUGAUAGUGUGUAUUUGUAUAUAGUUAUUUAGUAUGUAUAUAGUGUGUUUUAUGUAUAUAUGGUUUGUUUGUUUCACUGAAUAAGUGUGUACCAAAUAUUUAAGCUCUAUCUGUAUUAUUUUUUUAAAUAUUUCCAAUAUUAAAAGUAUA